CAUUCAUACAGAUCAAGAAAGAGAACAGAGACAAAUGCGAGCAUCUGAAACAGAAUAGGGGAUUUCUUGAGAAAUGGCACCGCCAAUUAAAGGAGAUCUGAGAAUUGUUUUGUUGGGAAUGACUGGAGCUGGGAAAAGUGCAUCAGGAAACACAAUCCUUGGCAGAGAUGAGUUUGAAGUGGAUUUUAAUCCAAGCUCGGUUACUGAACGAUCUGAAAAAAAGACGACAAGAAAAGGUAACAGAAACAUAUCAAUAAUCGACACUCCAGGCCUCCAGGAUUCAAAAGAAAGGGAAAAUAAAGUGAAGGCAGAAAUAAAGACUUGUAUGGACAUGUCUGCUCCUGGUCCUCACAUGUUUCUGCUGGUCAUCAGACUGGACGAAAAAUACACAGAGGAAAAGAGGAACACAGUGAAAUGGAUUCAGGAGAACUUUGGAGAAGAAAUUGCACGUCACACAAUUAUUCUGUUGACUCAUGCUGAUUCUCUGCGGAACAGGACACUGCAGGAUCAAAUAGAAGACAGUCCAGAUCUACGGCAGUUAAUCAUCAGCUGCGGUGGCAGAUAUCAUGCAUUCAACAAUGAAGACAAAAACAAUCAAGCUCAAGUCAAUGAGCUGCUGUUGAAGAUUGAUAAAAUGGUGCUUAAAAAUGAAGGGAAGCUCUACACUGAUGUGAUGUACCGUCAAGCCCAGGCAAGGCUUAGCUGGUGGAAAGCAGCAAUAGCAGCAGUAGUAGUAGCUGUAGUAGCAUUAGCAGUAGCAGGAAAUGUAGUAGUUGUAGUACUAGCAGUUGUAGUAGUAGCAGUAGUAGGUUUUGAAAGAAUAUUGGUAGUACAAGCAGAAGCAGAAGCAACCAUAAAGAAUCUCUACACUCUCAGUACAAAUGUGUAGAAAAAUGACACAUAUUAUGUGUAACACUCUAGUAACUCAAUUGUUUUACACAUAUUAUGUGUAGUUUUAAAAUGAACAUAACAUGUGUAUUUGUUCAGACCUUCCAAGACCAAAAUAAGACCAUUCAAUCAACAUAAUUAUUAAUCAUGUGACUAUUGAACAUUAAUUAUGAGUUCCUGCUGAUAACUAGGGAUGGGCGGAUCGAUCCUAAAGUAUCGAUACUUUCGAUACUGGGGUGGUAUCAAAAAGAUCGAUUCUCAAAUGGAAGUAUCGAUCCUAUCUGUUUUUUUUUCUUUUUUUUGUGAUUUUGGGAUAUUUUAAUAAUAGUAGUACACCGUAUAUUAUUUACAAUUUACUUAAAUAGAAACGGCAAUGGGAACUACAUCUUCUUCCGCUGUAUCUCCGCUUGUCGAGACAGUGUUCGCUCACUCUGUCAAAGACAAGCAAGCACGCACAGCGCAGGAUUUUAAAGGGAGUCGAGUGCGUGGCUGCGGUCAUGACUGAAAGAAAAAGAAGCAUAAUCUGGAGUUAUUGCACUCCAGUUAACAACGAUGAAGCUUCGUGUGACGUUUGUCAAAAAAAAACAAUACUCCACACUUUUUUCAAAAGCAAGAGAUUUUGAUCAGUCAAAGAAAAACAGGCUGAAGAGGAGAAUGUCAACAUUCACUUUGUUUCAUCUCAAAAACCUAUAAAGGGAAGAAAUGUAGAAACGUGACAAUUAUUGAGAAAAAGUUUGUGAGACAUGUUACAUUUUUUUUUGUUAUAUUUGUUAUAUUUUGUUUUUAGCCUACAGUGAUAUCUUUAUUCAUUUAAUUAAUAAUGUUCAGUAUUUUUUAAUAAAUGUAAAAAAAAGAAUCAUGUCAAUUGCAGUUUAUUUAAUAUUAAUAAUGAUGGCUAUCAAAAAACAAUAUAAAAUCACUCACAUGAAAAUAUUUAAUUGGAGUAUCGGUAUUGGUAUCGUUGAUACUUGUCUUGAAAGUACUUGGUAUCGGAUCGGAAAGAAAAUGAUUGGUAUCGCACAUCCCUACUGAUAACAAGCAGAAUCACCAAAUCACAACAUUUAACUCACCAUCACAGGGAUCAGGGAUUCAUUUUAAUUGGGCUCUUGAAGCUGACUAAAGUUGUAGGCACACCCAGACAUCAAGAAUCAUCCUGUGAAUCUCAACAACGGUGACAAGCAACAUAUUCUGAUCAACAGAUCAACUCUGAACAUUAAAAAACAAGCUACUAAAAAGUCCCAUAAAAACCGCAAAAAAUAAAAUAGUGAGAAAUUACUAAGACAAUUCAGAUCAUAAUAUAUUCAUGUAGCAAUGCAUGAUUGGAGCCUUGGAUGAAUUUUGAUUGGUGUCUCCCAGAAUGCACUACAGCAUGCUUGUUGAUGGUCACCACUGUUGAGACUCACAGGCUGAUUCUUGAUGUCUGUGUAUGCCUUUUUUUUUUUUUUUUUUUUUUUUUUUUUUUUUUUUUAAAUCAGAACAACUUUUGGGAUGUCCUUCAGGUUAUAUUGAUAAAGCUGAUCUUCUGCUGUAGAAUCACAGUGCUGCUGUAAUCAAUUAUGUAAAUCUAACUCAGAGAUUGGGCUCUAAAUGAGUUCAGUGAUUCAGGUCAAAUGAAGAGGCGGCACCAACUCCUGUGAGGACUUCAGAAGAUGCAACAUGCACAUUCCCAAAAUUCUAUAUAUCCUAAUUAUUGUUAAUAUGUAAUUCAUUUUUCCAGGAGCUCAUUGCUUCUACCUUCAAGUAAAAUGCUAACAGUGU